AUACUUAUACGUCACUUAAAUUUGAGCAAUCUCAUCCAUAAAUUCCCACCCCACAAGGCCACAACAACGAUUAAAGAAACAAAUUAAGAGAGAUUAUACAUACAUAUACACUCCUACUUAGGUCCAUUCCACCAAUUAAAGGAAUCACAAACAAGAAGAGAAAAAUAAAAUAGCUAGAGAGAAAUACAUAAAGAUGAGUGAAGAAUGUGGUGGAAACACUAUUGCUACCUCUACUACUCCAUUAAACUGGUGGUAUCUUCAAGCAAAUUCUCUUUCUUCUAAUUGGAAUGAUGUUAAACAUGCAUGGAACAACCAAAUGAAUAAUCCAAAUUCUUCCUCUUCUUGUGAGGAUCAAGAUAUAUCAGUUUCUUCUACAUCUUUCACCAAUGCAUCAAACCAUUCAAGCCUCACUGUUGAAUCCUCUCGAAGAGUAUUCGUCGAGCCGCAUGCACCACCUUCCUCCAACGACUUCAUGGCCGAACAUGCUUCGGAUAACCAACUAUGGAGUCAUGUUUUAUCAGGUGUUGAUUCAAAUGGAGAGUUACACAACAACCAAGAAAUUGGAGAGAAUUUCUUGGAUGGACUAUCAUCAAAAACCAUGACAAACACUAUGUUUGAUGAACCAGCUUGUGACUAUUUGAAGAAACUUGAUACAACAAGUUGGGAAUAUAAUACUAGUGGUUCAACUUCAUUCAAUACUAAUUUUGAGAAGCACUUAAAUGGGUACAGUGAAGCUCUUAUUGAGAAUAAUGAAAGGUUGACAAAAUUAUCCAAUCUUGUAAGCACUUGGUCUAUUGCCCCACCUGACCCUGAAGUUAGUAGCCACUUUGAUUCACAAACAAAUAACAAUUUGUCUACUAAUUUGAAUAAUUCUAAUUCGUCCAAUAUGGAUCAUAAUCACUACACACAUGAUUCUGACCCUAAUUGUCAUUUCAAACUACCUUUUGGUGAUUCCACAUCAUGUACUAUUAGAGAAGGAGUAGGUAAUAAAAUGUUCCCUAGUUGCCUUGAUAUUCAAGACAUGAAUAAGGUUAAGGAAGAAUAUCAUCAUCAUGCAAGUGAAGUGAUGCAAGGACAUGUAUUUAGAAAAUCACUUAAUCCAAAUGGAUAUCUUGAUGGAUUUAACUCAGUGGGAGAUCACAAUGGCAAAUUUUAUGAAGGGUUGCCAAAUAUUUCACCAUGCACCAAAAAUUUCUCAGAUGUUAUAUCCUUUAAUAGUAGGCUUGGAAGGCCAGUUGUUGGAAUCCAUCCACAAAGGCCUAAUAUGAGAUACUCAAACUUAUCUGAGUCAAAGAAACAAGGGCUUCAAACACCAUCACAUAUGAGAACCACUAAUGGAAGAGGAGAGGGAACAACACGUGAAGUAAAGAAGAAAAGAUCUGAAGAAUCAUCAGAAGCAAGUUUGAAAAAGCCUAAGCAAGAUACUUCAACAACAAAUUCAUCUUCAAAGGUGCAAGCACCUAAAGUCAAGCUAGGAGACAAGAUCACAGCCCUUCAACAAAUUGUGUCUCCAUUUGGAAAGACUGAUACAGCAUCUGUGCUGUUUGAAGCAAUAGGGUACAUAAAGUAUCUUGAAGAACAAGUCCAGUUACUGAGCAACCCUUACUUGAAGGCAAAUUCACACAAGGAUCCAAGGGGAAGCUACUUCGAUAGAAAAGAUAAGGAGGAUGCAAAGCUAGACCUUCGAAGUAAAGGUCUUUGUUUAGUUCCUACUUCAUGUACCCCUAUAGUUUAUAGAGAGAACAAUGGGCCAGAUUACUGGACACCAGCGUAUAGAGGAUGUAUGUAUAGGUGAUUAAUAACACAUGCAUAUGACUUAUGCCAAAAAUAGUAUGUGGUUGUAUGUACUAUAAUCUUGGAAAUUAUAAGAUCUCGUCAAUAAAUCAUAUAUUAUCCUGAAUGUAACUAUUUAUUUAUUGUCUUGAUGUAAUGCCUGGUUACACGAGUAUACACAUUUUAGUUGACCUUCAAA